AGUGACCGACCCUGACGUCCUCGACGGAUCACUGCUGUAGCAGGCACGCUAUAAUUUGAGUCAUUUCUGACAAGUUUUGAGGCAAUUAAAGGGCAAUAAUUAUGGUGUUCGAACGAAAAAUGCUGACCUACGGCGACCCCGAAGAUGAGGAGGAUGAUGCCCCUGAAGAAGAAGAGGAGGAAGAGGAAGAAGAAGCAGACUUGGUGGACCCCUUAGAAACAAUCCGUGCCAAGUGUGAGGAGACUGAACACUGCGUGCACUACAAGGAGCGUCUAGAGCUGUGCGAGACCCGUGUCAACUCCAAAUCCAACACGACAGAAGAGUGCACAGAAGAGCUUUUUGACUUUCUGCAUGCGCGUGACCACUGUGUAUCACACAAGCUGUUCCACAACGUGAAAUGAGCUGCAGCUUUUUGAAUCGACAUAACUGCAAUGACUGUAAAAUAAAUAGGAGUACUUGCAAAUUGUUAUUCUAUAUUAAUACAUAUUGUAUGAAGAUCCUCUGCUUGAACACACACACCAUCUAUUAUGUACAAGGCAGUUUGUACAUAGUCAAUGAAACCCUGUGUGUACAGAAUGCAUACUUUUGAAAUGUAGUCAGUUCAUAACGAAAGGAACAUUUCUGUUAUUGCAGGAUUGUGUUGUGGUAUUUUCUCUCAUUAUCAAUAAAUAAAAUGUCUUUGUUUACCAGGUCAUCACUGUUAUUGGGCUGUUUAAAAAGACAUUGGAGAGCUGUUAAACUAGGUUGGACAAUACAUUAAACAUUUAGGAAGACUACAUUUUUGUACAACUUGUUGCAAGGC